CGGUGCUUCCCGCUCCGCGUGACCAGAACGCCGCGGCCCGGCCCUUCCGCGGCGGUUGAGGUCCGUAUAUAAGAUGAGGCGGCCGAGGGCAGACUGGGUUUUGGCGUUGGGCUCCUGCGCGCGCCGCCCCGCCCCGCCCUCCCGCCAGAUUCUGCAUCCUACACGGAAGUCAUCAUGGGCUUUUUCCAACUCCUGAUGAAAAAGAAGGAACUUAUUCCUUUAGUGGCCAUCAUGACCUUUGCGGCGAGUGGAGCCUCAGCGUUCGCCCUGUAUUCCUUCAAGAAAACCGACGUGAUUGUUGAUCGAAAAAGAAAUCCGGAACCCUGGGAGACUGUGGAUCCAAAUGUACCUCAGAAGCUUGUGACAAUCAACCAACAAUGGAAACCCAUUGAAGAGUUGCAGAAGGUCCGAAAGGCGACCAAAUGACCACUCUUCGCCUCUUUCUUCCCAAGAUUACUCUAUGAAUCUGGUGGAAACAUUUCUGCACAGACUAGAUUAUGGAUGGCAGUGUGCGGAAAUGCUUCUGCUACAUUUUUAGGGUUUAUCUGCAUUUUCUGGACUCUGGAUAAAGCAUUCAAGGUAGUGCAGUAAUAACCAACUAGUACAAAAAUAAGUUUCUGUGUUUAUUAUUGUACUUUUGAAUUUUGCAUAUUGAAAUGUGUAUGUUUAUGAUGCCAGAAUGUUUUUCCUGAAAUGUACAAAAUUUGUAAAGAGAUGCCUUUAAUAAAAUACCAUUUGUGCAAAGA